UUAAACUUGUGUAUUUCUGGAUUCCAACAAUAGACUGGAAAUUGGAACAAUCCUAUAAUUUCUCAGAAUAAGAAGUGAUUAUGCAGCGAAGACGGAGAGGAGUAGAUGUUGGACUAAUCUUGCUACUUUCUCAAGUAUUUCAAGUUGGGCUUGAAAACAUUCCACCUGUAACACUUGGGACCCUAGCACUGAACGUUUUUCUUUUUUUGAAACCUCUGAAACCACUGCUGAAAGUGUGUAUCAGUGUAGACCAAGGUUAUUACCAGAAAGACUGGCAACGUUUGCUGCUUGCGCCAGUUCACCAUGCAGAUGAUUGGCAUUUAUAUUUUAACAUGGUCUCCUUGCUUUGGAAGGGGAUAAAGUUGGAACGUAAGCUUGGAAGCGUAUUGUUUGGGUAUAUAAUUGCAGUAUUUUCAGUGCUGAUUGGUAUUGUGUACAUGGUGUUGGAAUUUGCACUUGCAGGACUGCUGAAUGACCCUUCAUACAAAAUGAAUUGUGCUGUAGGCUUUUCAGGAGUAUUAUUUGCUUUGAAAGUCCUUAACAAUCAUUAUCACCCAGGAGGGACCAGCAACAUCAUGGGAAUUCGUGUAUCCAGCAGAUAUGCUUGUUGGCUGGAGCUUGUGGCCAUUCAUUUAUGUUCCCCAGGGACUUCUUUUGCUGGGCAUCUGGCAGGUAUUCUUGUUGGCUUGAUGUACACGCUGGGGCCUCUGAAGAUGCUCAUGAAAGCAACUGCAGGUGACUUUCCCUACUUUAAUGACUCUGCAAGACAGAGAGACUACUACUCAGGGUAUUCUAGACACCCAAGUUACCCAUACAACACACCAGGGGACUAUGACACGUACACUGGUGGGCUUACUGAAGAAGAACAGUUUGAAAGGGCAUUGAGAAACAGUCUUCACGACAGAGGUUUUAGUGCAGGAAGUCAUAGCAAUGAGAGGCGACCUUAUGGGUUUUGGUUUCCAUCUGAACAGCUAUCAGAAGAGGAAGUGAGAAGACAAAGACUUAAUAGAUUUGAGAGAUGGUGAAAUUGCCAAGGGUCUAAUGAAAAAUGUAAAGUGCUCUUCAAAGUUGCCAAAAUGUUUGCAGAUCUGUUGAUUUAUACAGUUUCUACUUUGGUUCAGAACUAUUUACUACUGGCUACAUAAUUUAACAGCAAAACAUGCCAAGGAUUUUGCAAGAUAUGGCUGAAAAUCUAGGCUUAAAAUAAGUGCCCAAGGGUGUGGUCCAAGAGUCAGAAUGUGGUCUAUGGCUGCCCUCCAUUUCGCUGUAUUUAAAAUAUGAAAGAAAACUGGUGGACUAAUGAUUGUAACAGGCCGCAACUCACUUCUGACAUUUCUCUACAAAGGCUUUGUGAAUGCCUUGGCUUUUUGUUUGUUGAUGAGCUCAAUCAACAAUUUCUCUUCACCUAUCAAGGGGGAAAAGGGAAAAUACAGAUACUAUGUUAGCGAGUGUCCUUGAUUUUAAAACUAUAUAAAUCAUCCUUGCAAAAUUCUUCUCUUUGCCUGUGACAAGUAAUCUGUUUGGAUUGGUGAGUAAAAUGGUAAUUUUAAAACAUCACAAUGACUGAGCAUAUAUGUAAAUUAGGUACACAUAUUGCCAGCCCAGUCUUUAACGUUGCAGAAUUUGGUCACUCCUGUCUCAAAUCAUCCCAUUCUGCCUAGGAUGUGUAUACAGUAAAACUAAUUUGUAACAUUUCACACUAUCUUGAGACUCCUGGCCUAUGACCAAUAUGGUCAUCCUAAUUUUGCAGCCUUAACCCGGAAAGAUCUUCCUUUUGUGGGGUUAUUGUACUUUCAUAUAUAUAUAUUGUUUCUGGGGGAGGAGGGAGAUUGUUUAAACAAACAAAACUGAAACAUUUUCAAGGCAAGAGACGUAAGUUGCAAUCCAAGAAGUUACUGUGUGUUGUUGACUUACCUAUUUCCCUUUAAAAGAAUACUUUGUAUUCAGUAGACUACAGGAACUCUAUCAUGCAAAUCUUUUUUUAUACGACUUUAAAAAUCGGACUGUUUCUCUCGAUGGACUACGCUGGCUCAUUUGGAGCUUGGCUAUAGCUCAUAAGAAAGUGAGCUGUGUUAGGGAGAAGGAAGACGUAUACUGCCUAAAUAUUGGUGGCCAGAGGCAUUCUGCCUCCUUGGAAUUGUGGAAAGCACACUAGGCAGCAGGACGUGAUGCAUCUUGGAAAAGAUGUAGCUAGAAUUGUUCUAGAGCAGUAGGUCACGAGAGCACCAUCGCCCGCUGAGACCUGCAGCCUAUGGGACUACUGGAGCCUGCUGGCAAUGUUAGCUGCCCUUCCUGCUCCUCGGCACAGCUAAUCAUGUAAUGGCUGUCCUACCUGGGGCCUACUUAGGACAAAAGUUUCAGCGUGCUCUGUUCCUACACUAGCACACCUGUGCCAGGUCAUUCAUAACUUGAUCUUUGCUGUGUACUGUAGAGAGCUGUCUUUCAGUUAAGUUUGCAAGUAGAAAAACAAAGAAAUAUGUCAUUGUUCACACACAAUAGCUGAUAUGCUAAUAUUAAUAAAAACAGCUGUGUUCAUUUUUUGUCUGUUAACGUUGAGGAAAACUGUAUUUUAAAAACAAAAAGUUUGAGCAAUGAAAUGCCCAAACAGGCAAACCUCUUCUGUUUUGUUCUUUUCAGUCUUCAACAGGUGUUCUCUUAUGAAACACAAUUCAUUGCCAUCCUAUGGUGUGUAACUAGUAGCAUCUCUUGAGCAUUAAUUUGGGUUAGUGUUGGGUUGAAAAGUCCUUGUAUAGAUUAUUUUCAGGGACCUAUCAGGAUCAGUGAUCUGUGCUUUAUGAAAUCUUGAAACCUUUACCUCUCCAUGGAGUUUUGACCUGUAUGUAUUUUAAUAAUAAAAUAGCUGAAAGUUAAAUUACUGGAUGCACAGUAAAUACAUAUGUUUUCAUCAAUGGACAAAGUCUUUUAUUUGCACAGGCUGUUUCCUAUCAUCUGCUUGUCUCUUUCCCUUCUUGUCCAUUUCAUGCAAUGGAGAAGCAUGAAAUGGGCAUGCCAAACAUUUGGCUUUUCAAGUGCAGAGCUAGAAAUCUUACUUGCAGAUACUGUUCAUACCCAUUAUUCACAAUGCUUUCUGGAGGACCCUCAAUACAGGAAAAAUUGUAUUGUAAAUGCCCAUUUUCUUGAUCACCUUCAGGAUUGCAUAGUUGGUAUAAAGACUUUUUCUUGUUAGCUAUCUGUGCUUUGUAUACAUUAUAUAUACUAGCCACAAACUAAAAUGUCCAAUAUUCAUGUAUAUUUAAAUAGGUUGAUUUUUCUAAUAAUUUCCGGCCUUCUUCACUGAGUAAAUAAUAUAACAAAGCAAGCAAACUCACAUUUGAAUAUUUGUGAUUGUGCGUAUUUUUUAUCCUUCACCAUAGCAUUGUCCCCUUGAAAACUGAUCUCAUUGCUGUGGUGUUUGGUUUCCAGUGUAGUUGGUCAUGUUCAUGAGGCUCCAUAAUUUCAGUUAUUUAAGCAGUCAGACUGAUAUAGCCAGAAAAUAUAUGGUAAAAGAAUGACAGUCUUGUGGCAUUUUUAGUACAAUGAAAAGUAUUUAAACAAAGCCAAAAAAAUCACAUUUUAUGGCAUUUAUUUACUCUCGUAAUGUUGGUUUAGAAAUCUCAGCACAACGCGACUUAGUGCUAGAGGUGUCCUGUGCUCCCUUAAAACAAAACUCCACGUGAUCACAGAAAUCUCAUGAGCUGGGUCCUUUUAUUGUCUUUCUUUUUACUGCCUUAGUAAGCACCACUGUCAUGAAAUAUGCCUGGAUAAUAACAUUGUCAGCAAUAACUAUGGAUUGUUAAAUAUACAGCUUCUUCACGUUUUCUUACUGCGAAAUUGAAAUAAAUACUUGUUUUUACAUUUCAGCCUGUCAAUUUCUUCUCCAUUUUAAUCAUAAUAUCUAAUAAAAGAUCAGCACAGAACAUACCAUAUUUGUACAUUCAGUCAAAGCUCAUUAUAAGGUAAUGUAGAUGAAACAAAUUGCCUGCAUUAUGGCCUGUAUCUGCUCCCAUUGAAAUCAAUGGAAGUUUGCUGCUGAUUGCAAUGGGAGCUGGAUCAGGUCCUUACGCUGUCAUGAAUAGUAAUCUCUGAUACAGUUCACUGAUUAAAUAUGUAAAAAAAUGCUGUUUCUGUCAUAUGGUUUUACCCUGCACUUUCCCAAAAUGGAACACAAACUCUUCUUUUAAAAAUAAAUCCAUUUAGCUUGGAGAGCCCUGAUUGCAGAUGUGAUGUCAUGGAUUGAAUAUCUAAGGCUACCUUGGUUCCUCAAUACCUAGGCACGGUAGUAAGAAUUUGAAAUUCAGCACUUCCUGCAUAAACAUGCUGUGAUAAAUGAGGGGAGAGGGGUGGUUAGCUCCCUUUUGUGGACACCCAGACCGCCAGUUAGCUAUAGAAUCCCUCUUGAUAGCUGUUCUCUACUUGCUUUACCUGUAAAGGGUUAAAAAGUCUGCUGCAUG